AAUCAAGCGCACCAUUGCCCAAAAAGAAAAUAAAAAAGUCAAUUUUUCUAUCUUAUUGUAUGUAUUUAUCGAUAGGUGCAAAAGAACCUUUGAUAUAGCAUCAAUUUAUAAAAGUCUACAUUUGCUCUGUAAAAAUGGCAAGUACGGAGAAGUUAACAGAUGCUGAACUGCUUGGUCUAAUCAGUCAGACAACAGGAGGGAUACAAAACCAGGGAAGUCAACAUAUCACUACGGACCUGGAGAAAGUGCAUGAAAGUACCUGUAGUAAUGUGGAAAAUCAUGAGAAUUCCUCUCCUCUUUCACUGGAAACCAAAGUGUCCUCUGUACUUGGGGGAACAUUCAUACAUUCAGAUAGCUCACAAUCUGAUAUAAUAUUAGCAGCCAAUGAUUUAAAUACGGAAAAACCCGAUUCAAACUUAUUUGCUUCAACAACACAGUCUGAAUCUGACAUUUCAUCAUCAAAUGCAUUUACAGUUCAGACAGCAAACCAGUCUGAUUCAAACAUUGUACAUCCAACAGUUACACAGUCUGUAUCACUAUCAUCUGAAUCAUCACUUGUAAAUUCAAUGUCACAGUCUGAUGUAAAAUUACAUAUAAAAGAUGAUAUGCCAUCUAAUGUGAAAUCAUCUUCAAUGUCUAAUCCGAAGUCAUCUGUCAUAAAGUCAUCAUCAUCUAAUACAGAAUCAUCAUCAUCUGUUAAAAUAUCAUCAACAUGUGAAUUAAAAUCAUCAUCAUCAUCUAAAAUAGAGUUGGAACCAGAGUCACCUUCAAUAGCACAGCAUGAAAUUCCAUCCACGCCGUGUCCACAGUUAGAUACGUGCUUGAACAAUGUCAGGAAAACCAUGGAUAAAAAAUCAGACUGUACCAAUCUGUCGAAAGAAGAGGCCAUCAAACUAGUUCAUGAAUGCAGAACUGAGUUAGAAGCUACUAAGAAGAAAUUGCACAGGAGUGAACGGCAGCUGACUAAGGCAAAUGAUUAUAACGAGGUUUUAAGGAGUAUGGUUGAGAAACUAAGUAGUGAAAUUCACCGGGUGAAAACUGUACAAACAUGCAGUGUACAUGUACAGGUAGAUAAGGAGGACUUUCUGAAUUAUACCACAGGAGUUGACACUAUGCCAAAAUGGAAUGCCGAUGAUGAGUCAAUGAAAAUGUCUGUCGAGACAAGUGAGACACCUGAUGUAGCUAUAGUCACUCCUGAGAUACCUUCUACACUGCAGGCAGGCUCAGAGAUGGACGCUAUCUCUAUAGCUGACAGUAUAAAACAGGCAGCAGAGGCUGUGGUACAACAACAACAGGCCAACAUGCUGCAGGAUCAAGGUUAUGUGUAUGACGAUCAUUCGGGCCUCUAUUACCACCCAGCCACUGGUUAUUACUAUGAUCAACACAAGUCAUUAUUCUAUGAUCCUAAGACGGGCAUCUACUAUUAUUAUGACUAUGACACUGGUGAAUACCUAUUUCAUUCUCAGAUAGAGAUUCCUACACAAAGUCAGACAACAGAACAGCCAAACUUCAUGGAUCAUGAUCAGUCUAAGAAAAACCUUUCCAAAGUUAGAAAAUCUAGAAAUACAGCAAGAAAGAAAAGGGACAAUGAGAGGCAUUCAGCUGAUGACAAAGUGUUCAAAAACCGGAAAGAGAGAAGACAAGCAGAGAAAGAAAAUCAGUUGAGAAAUAGGUCACAGCAUAGAAGAGACUCAUAUCACGAAAAAAGGGAAAGAAAAAGAAAAUAUACAGAUAUUGUUGACAGUGGUGAAAGUGGUAAUGACAGACGCCGAAGGUCAGGUGAAGAAGGUUAUAGGUCAGAGAGGAAGAGUAAGAGAGGUUAUAGGUCAUAUGAUAGAAAUGAAAGAAGGGGCAAGCGGAGAAGUAGAAGUAGGUCUAAACGAAGACAUGGCAAAAGGGAGUAUGGAAAAGAGUUGAAGGAGAUGCAUAGUGAUGAAAAUGAUGUUAAGGUGAGAGAAAAUGAUCAUGGUGAGAGAACAAAAGUUAAGAAAAGAAAUGAAAGGAAAAAACAUACAGAGCCAUCUGCCAAAAUGACAAAGUCCAAGACUUUACAAUCAAAAGACAGUAAGUUAUCCGGUAAGGAUGAAGUUGAUGACGGUGAUGAGGAUCUUACAACAAAUAGUGCUGAAGAGUUUGAUCUUGACUCUGAAAAUGAGUUUAUUGUUAUAGAUGAUGCAGAUGAGGUUAUUGAGAUAGAUGGUGAAGAACAUGUUGAUGAUGAUAAUAUGAAUGAUGCAAACGAAUCUGAUAAUUUAAAAGAUACUGCAGUAAUCAAUAAUUUCAAGGAUGACCAUCAGUUAAACAGUAUGGAAAGUAAUUCAAGAAAGUCACAUGAAAAGAAAUCUGAAAGGAGGCAUCAUCAUAGAGAAAGGCGUAGUGAAAGUAGUAGAAGUUAUCGUAGUCAUAGUGAUGGUAGUGAGAAUGAAGCUGAAUCAGGGGAGCUUACUGACUCAGAUAUUGAACAGUCAAGUGAGAGUUACAGUUCUUACUACAGUGAUACUGAUGAAGAUAUGUAUGAAGAUAUGGAUGGGAAUGAAAGCUAUGAAGAAGAACAAGAGGUGGCAGGAAGUUAUCCCCCUUGUAUAAGAAUGAUGGUCUUGGAGUCGGAUUAUCUCCCUGUAGGAACAUUGCACAUUGUAACAUGUACUGGAGCAAAACUUGGCAGAGAAAACUGUGAUAUUUGUAUACCAGACCUUAAUGUUAGCAAGGUACAUGCUGAGAUUCAGUACAAUGAAGGUGCUAGUCAAUAUGAGAUAUAUGAUCACGCUAGUCAGAAUGGAACUUUUCUCAAUGAUCAAAGAUUAUCACCUGUAAGUUGUAAUAAAAAGUCUUUUAUAUUGUGGUUUUGUAAAAUCAAAGUUUUGUCCAAGGAGGAAAGACUACGCCAAAAGAAGCAAGAAUUAAACCAAAUCAAGAAAAGAUAUGGUCUAAAGAACUCGGCAUAUGAGAACAAUGUAGAAGUGUUCAAUAAUCCUAACUACACGGACAAAGCUGAAGAGAGAAGGAAAAUUGUAGGUAGUGAUGUACCAGGUCAGAAACAAGAGGCACCUGCCUCUGUACAUAGACCGAUAUCAACAGGCAAUGUGGGUCAUAAAAUGUUACAAAAGAUGGGCUGGAAGGAAGGUGAUUCUCUUGGGAAGAAUAAUAAGGGUAUUCAAGAGCCAAUUUCUGUGACAUUGAGAGCUAGUCAGAAGGCAGGACUUGGAUCAGCUAGUGCCGGGGCUUUUACUGCCGAUGAUGCUAAUACUGUUGACAUGAGAAAAGCAAGUAGAAGACUACAAGCGCAACAAAGGUUCAAACAAAUCGAAGGAAACAGUGAGCAAAAAAAACAAACGGUUACAAAUAAGUCAUGGACAAAGGGAGACACAGAGUUUACUUGACAAUUUAAAUACUGUAUUCCCUUUAAGCUUUGUGUUCAUAUGAAAAGGAAGCAUACAUCAUGGAGAAAGUAAAGAAUUCUGGGGAGUUUUCUUAAUGAUGCACAUGCAAAAUGGUGGAACUGAGGAGGUGAAAAAUGUGUGGCAAAGCCUUACUUUCCUCUGAUUAAAUGGUACAUUUUGAAAAUCCAUUUGCGAAAAUCCACAAAACGCUUGAUAAUGUGAUUCAUAAUUACAUCAAGAACAUUAGGAUACCUACCAUAUAAUGUCAUUUUCGAUGUAACAGUCAACCAGAAUUAAGUUGAGUUACAAACAAACUGUUUGACUAGUUGUAACAGGGAAAUGCUGAAAAUAUUCAGUAUAAACAGCAAAUAUAUUGUGUUUUUGUUAUGACUACGAUUAUGUUAGCUUUUUAUGUGUUUAAAUUAUAAAUAUGGAAGCCAA